UCGGGGUCGGGUGGAGCUAGUCAGGAUGAUCACAAACGUGCAGCUCGCCAUCUUCGCCAACAUGCUGGGCGUGUUGCUUUUCUUGCUUGUGGUCCUCUAUCACUAUGUGGCAGUAAAUAACCCCAAGAAGCAGGAAUGAAAG